AUGAUCGGCGUAUGUAUUGUCUUAUGUAAACAAUCACUAAAGUUAAGCAAGUAUCUAAAAUUUUCAGAUGAAGAAUGUGAAGAAAUCCGCCAACAACAACAAAAACAUAUGAAUUCUGGUAGUAGUACAGAAAUGGUAUACACAAAAACUUCAGCUGUUGCUUGUUUUAAUGAAGCAAUACCUGUUAUGCAGUAUAUAUGCAGUAAACUUGAGGAAACAAAAGUGUUAACUAAAUCUACGGAUAUAAAAAUUUUUUUAUUGGAAUGUUUGUUAACAUUUGUUAGCACUUUACCUAAUACGGUACAUUCCAACAUUCACUUUACAACAUUUUUAUGGCAACGAUUCUGCCCAUCAUUAAUAGCAAUCCUUGGCAUCCCUGGAGAUUCUAUGGUCCAUUCUUUAACUACAAAUCAGGCUAAAAUUAUAUACAGGUAA